ACCUUCAAAUCUUUCCACACACACAACACAAAUACCUCUCUUUCUCUCUCUUCUUCGCAUUCUUCGGACAUACAAAAACUCACACUCUCUCUCUCUUCAAAUCAAAACCCCUCACAAAAUUCACAACAACAUACCCACAAAUCCCAAAUCCUGUCUUCUCAUAUAAAAGAACCCUUCUUUCGAAUCCUUCCCGCUCUCUCUCUCUCUUACUCUUUUUCCCUAUCCGAUUCAAUUCGCGCGCAGUUCCAAACCCUAGUCCCUCUCUCCGAGCUCUGUGAUUUUUGGGUUGAUAAAAAAAAUUAGGGUUUGAUGGCUGACCAAGGAUUGGAAGGGAGCCAACCAGUGGAUCUACAGAAGCAUCCUUCUGGGAUCGUGCCUACCCUUCAAAAUAUUGUGUCCACAGUCAAUUUGGACUGUAAGUUGGACCUCAAAACAAUUGCACUUCAAGCUCGUAAUGCAGAGUACAAUCCUAAGCGUUUUGCUGCUGUCAUUAUGAGGAUAAGAGAUCCCAAAACAACUGCUCUAAUUUUUGCUUCUGGCAAGAUGGUUUGUACUGGAGCUAAGAGUGAACAACAAUCUAAAUUGGCAGCAAGGAAGUAUGCUCGUAUUAUCCAAAAGCUUGGCUUCCCUGCCAAAUUUAAGGAUUUCAAAAUUCAGAACAUUGUCGGCUCUUGUGAUGUCAAGUUCCCCAUACGGCUGGAGGGUCUUGCAUAUUCCCAUGGUGCUUUCUCAAGUUAUGAACCAGAGCUGUUUCCAGGACUAAUCUACCGUAUGAAGCAACCUAAAAUAGUCUUGCUUAUAUUUGUCUCUGGAAAAAUUGUUCUAACAGGAGCCAAGGUGAGAGAUGAGACUUACACUGCCUUUGAAAACAUAUAUCCUGUGCUUACGGAGUUCAGGAAAAACCAACAAUGAUUGCUGUUUCAAGAAAGAGCAGGAGCAGUGGUCUGGCAGAGAAGUUCGUGGAACUGUAAAUAUUAAGACAAAGGAGAUAAUCUAAAUUGAUAUAUAAAUUAAAGACAGCCUGUGUUGCCUUGUCUUAAUUUUUUGAUUGGUCAUGAUGUAGUAAAGUGGCAGACAUUGUUCUAUUGAAUUGACAUUUUUUUUUAAGAAAAAAGAGGAUUCUGAGUCAGAAUAUGAGGGAAAAAAAGUUGAGAGCUAAAUGGAAAAGUAGCACAUUGAGUCUGUCCCUGACAGUAGUUUGAAACUGUUUUGAUAGCAUCUACUAUCAAUUGAGCGUAGUGUGAUCUGACUACUGAGUAUUGAAUAUCUUGAUCAACAAAUCGAAAAUUUGAGCUGCUAAAUUUGUAAGUCUUUA